AUGGGCAACAAAAACAAUCGUGGUAGCCCCCAACAGGCGGCUAUCGACGAUCAACUACAUCAACAGCAGGUUCAAGCUCAGCAGCAUGCCAUGGACUUUGACUAUUCAAAUCUUCCACAACAUCCCGCCCUCCAUGUUGAGAAAGCUAGUGGUACGGUUAAGCUAUUCAUCAGAAUUGAUAUCGUCCACUCGCAUCUCACUGCCAAGGAGGUAAACUUCCUGACAAUCCUCCCAAAGUACGCUCCCAUGAUCAAGGUAGUCGAAGUCCUUUUGAUCGCUCCGACGCACCACGAAUCUAUCGAGGUCUACAAUCUUCGAGUAAAGAAUAUGAUCAAGACCAUUAAAAUCCUCAAUGCACUUGACCUCAACGAACUCCACUUUGUCAUCUCACUCAAUCGACGCGACAACUUCAACCAGAUGGAGCUGGCUGCCGCUUGUUUCGGUUUGAACUUCGAUCACUGGACCAUGUCAACAACAGUAUUUGGGAAUAAGAAAAAGGGAUUCAAGAUUGGAGUCCAUAGUCCGACUGCUCGCAGAUUGGCAGGCGUAUACAAGCGUGACUUCUUGACUCAAAACGUAUUGUGA